AUGCCCUUUGCCGGUUUGGAUCUGACAGGACGGAAGGCUCUGGUAACCGGCGCGGCCCGAGGAAUCGGGGCCACGCUGGCGGUGGGACUGGCGCAGGCCGGGGCGGACGUGGCAGUCACCGACAUGGCGUCGGACGAGUCGUGGGAAGGUCUGUCCGGCGUGGUCAUGCGCAUUCGCAACGAGGGCCAGGUCGGUCUGGCUGCCGACCUCGACGUGCAGGACGUCGCCGAAAUCCGGCCAACCAUGCGACGCAUUGCCGACGAGCUGGGCGGCCUGGACAUCCUGGUGAACAACGCCGGCAUCAGGCGACGCGCCCCGGCGCUGCAGGUAACCGAGGAGGACUGGGACGCGGUGAUGGACACCAACCUGAAAGGAGCCUUCUUCUGCGCGCAGGCGGCAGCGCGCCUGAUGAUCCCGCAGGAAUUCGGCCGCAUCAUCAACAUCGCGUCGCAGAUGGCGCUGGUCGGAUCCGUGAACCGCGCCGCCUACUGCGCCAGCAAGGGCGGCCUGGCGAACCUCACCCGCGUGCUGGCCCUGGAAUGGGCGCAGCACGGCAUCACCGUGAACGCCAUCGGACCGGGCCCGACGACCACGCCCGGCCUGCUGGAGGCGGACGACCGCGACGCCGACGAACUGCGCGCCGAGCUGGCGGUCAAGAUGCCCCUUGGCCGGCGCAUGGAACCGGAGGAACUGGUGGGCGCCGCGGUCUACCUGGCCAGCAACUCCGCCGGCGCUACCACGGGACACCUGCUGGUGGUCGAUGGCGGGUGGACGGCGUUGUAG